GUAAUCACCGUCACAAUCCCAACUAUAACACAGUCGAACAAUACCACUUUCGAUCGACAACAGCACAAAUCACAUAUCGAAUCCCAAAAUGGCAAGCGUCAUCAAAGACGAGAACCGGGCACUGCCCAAAGGCUCUCUCAUCCUCGUCACGGGAGCUUCUGGCUACAUUGGCUCACAUGUAAUCAAUGAAGCCCUCGCAGCUGGAUACAAAGUCCGUGGCACGGCCAGAAGCGAGGAAAAGGCUGAAAACACCAAGAAGAUUUUCAACAACCACCCCAACUACUCGACGGCCAUUGCAGCCGACUUCCAGACCGAUGGUGCCUUUGAUGAGGCAGUCAAAGGCGUCGAUGCCGUGAUCCACGUUGCUUCAGACACCACCUUUGGCACCGAUCCCAACAAGGUCAUCACUCCCACGAAAGCGGGAGUGCUCUCCAUUCUCAAAUCAGCUGCAAAGGAACCCUCCGUCAAGCGAUUCGUCCUGACCUCAUCCUCCGCUGCCGUGCUUCUCCCCAAGUUGAACAAGGAACUCACCGUGAGCAAGGACGAUUGGAACCAAGAGGCGAUCGAUCUCGCCUGGGCACCGCCUCCAUAUGGCGAUGACCGCGCCUACCCAGUAUAUGCUGCAUCGAAAGCAGAAGGUGAGAAGGCCAUGUGGCAAUUCGUGAAGGAACAGAAGCCAUCAUUCAUCGCCAAUGCCAUCCUCCCCAACUUCAACAUGGGCAAAAUCUUGCCAGGAGGAAGUCCGGGGGCAACAGGUGGUGCCAUUCCCGAUCUGUACAACGGCAAGCUCUCUCCGAUUGGUCCUCAAUACAUGAUUGAUGUGGUGGACGAUGCUCGUCUCCACCUCAUUGCAGCAGCCCUCGAUCCCAGCAUCGAGAAUGAGCGCAUCUUUGGCUUCAACGUCGCUUUCAACUUUGGUGACAUUAUUGCCAUCAUCAAGAAGCACUAUCCGGACGCGAAGAAUGUAGCCAAGACGCCUGAGAACGAGGGCCGCGAUCUCAGCAAAGUGCCAAACGAGCUCGGCGCAGAGCUACUGAAGAAGUGGUAUGGGCAGGAUGGGUACAAGUCACUCGAGCAGACUGUGCUUGAGAAUUUAGAGGGCCAGAUCUGAGAAAAGCAGCUUUCCAUCUGUCUCACGGCUAGAAUAAUGCGGCUCAGCAGACGAUGUUUAUAUAUGACUUGGUCUAAAGGGCUUCACGACGUUGAUGCCAACACACAUUAUAUAACGAUUGUACGAUAAAUUACAAUAAACAGAUUCGAC